CUACAACAACAAUAAACAACAAACGAGUUUUAAAAAAUGUUAUUAACAAUUAAAUGCGCUCAGAAUGUGAUUAAGCCGAACUUUCCGAAAGUGGCCAAUCUGCUCGCCAGUCGCUGUAAAUCUGGUUUAUCCGACGGCCCGGCAACAACGAGUGGCAGCUCACAAAUCUCAGUUCUGUAUUCGCCAGCAGCGAGAGAAGCAGCAAAGGCAGCAACUGGUGGCAGUGCAAAUCUCCGGCGAUUCUACGGCACCCAAAACUCAGAGGCCCCAGCAGCCAAAACCCAAACUACAACGAAAAAGCGCAAAAUGGUGGUGCGACUAAACGAACAGGAGCGUGCUGAGAAGCUGCAGCCCCUCCUGGAGGCCGGCUGGACCUUGGUGGAGGGUCGCGAUGCCAUCUUCAAGCAGUUCGUCCUGAAGGACUUCAACCAGGCCUUCAGCUUCAUGACGGGCGUGGCCCUGCUGGCCGAGAAGAUCAACCACCACCCGGAGUGGUUCAACUGCUACAACAAGGUGGACGUGACCCUGUCCACGCACGACGUGGGUGGCCUCAGUUCGCAGGACAUUCGCAUGGCCAAUCACUUGGAAGCCACGGCCAGUUUGUUGAAAUAAACACAUUGUUAUAUAUUCUA